AUGAAGGUCCUUUGCCUCCAUGGAAAAGGCACCAGUGGAGCUAUUUUCCGAUCACAGACCUCAUCGUUUCGGUCGAGAUUGGCGGAUCAAAACAUCGAGUUCGAUUUCCUAGACGGACCAUUUGAAUGUAGUGCCGCUGCUGGCGUGGACUUAUUUUAUGAUCCGCCUUAUUUCUCUUGGUGGAAGAAUGACACCAUCGACGAUGUCCGAGCUGCGGUCGCCCAAAUGAAUGAAUACAUUGCUGAGAAUGGCCCAUACGACGCGGCAAUGAUGUUUUCGCAGGGCUGUGUCCUCGGCUCUGCAGCGCUGCUACUUCAUCAAGAAGAAACACCACAUUUACCAGCGCCGUUCAAAACGGCCAUUUUUAUCUGUGGUGGCCCGUCUAUGCCCGUUCUCGAGGAACUCGGGUUCCAUGUUUCUGCGAAGGCUCGCGAGCGCGACGUGGUGUCUAGGAACGCAUUGACGCAGCAGGCUGGCAAUUCUGCGAUCCUUACCCAGGGCACCAAUCGUUGGAUGGGCUUGGAGUCGUUAACUGGAGGGCUUUCGGAAGAUCAACUGCGGAGUGAAAUUGAAUGCCCGUUACGUAUUGACAUUCCUACGGUUCAUAUAUACGGCUCUAAGGAUCCACGAUAUGCUGCUGGAGUGCAUUUAUCUGCAAUCUGCCUGCCCGAGAGAAGGAGAAUAUAUAAUCAUGAAGGAGGACACGAGAUUCCUCGUGGCACUCAAGUCAGUGAUUCUAUCGCAGACCUUGUUCGCUGGGCUUUGGCGGAAUGA